AUGUAAUUUGGUCGACUUGCAUUGUCUCGUACAUGUAACUGGAGGUCGGUUCUCUCUGCCUUUGCUGCUAUAAAUGGCUUCAGGGUCUGUAAUUCUCCUUGAGAAUGAACGGGUGUCCUUGCAGCAGCAGAAGGAAUUCGCUUUUGGACCAUGGUUUCAUAUCUGGACCCUGACUUUUUUUUUUGACCCGCCCCCUUUCUUUUUGGCCAUGACUUGUCUGUCUAACAUGUCUGACAACGGGUGCUAGUAGCGGGCAUAACGGCGUGUUGAGUGUGGAUGUAAGGGGUGCCUUGGUUUUGUAUGCAUGUCUGGGAAAGGAAGGGUACAUGCAUGUAGAUAGACACUUGACUGAACCAUGGACUGUCCCUGUGUCAGGAAACGUGUUGGCACGUGUCAGUUGUGCAUUCGGCGUAAUUUC